ACAAGAGACAACCAUUCGCACUCCAUCCAAUCGUCUCCUCUCCGGCCCUCUCCCCACAUUCUAGCUCAGCUAGCUCCUCACCUCUACAACAACAUUAAUUGACAUAGACAGCAGCAGCUGCUACUUGUAGCUAGCUCGACUCGAGAUUCAUUUGGAGCAGGAGGAGGAGGAGGUGAGGAGGAGAGAAGAAGAAGAAGCUAGGCGAGUUUGCUGUUGCAGCUGCUGCCUCAGGGGCUCAUAACUCACCAGUGCAGUUAUUGCUACCACUGUAGUGUAACCUUGCCACCACCUUCUUUCUAAUGGAGAGGAUGCAGCUGCAAGGGCCCAUCGGCUCGCUGUGGGCGGAGCAGCCGGCCGGCGCCGCGCAGAUGCCGUUCCUCGCGCUGCUCCAGGGCGCCAUGGAGGCCGAUGGCGGCGGCGACGGGAGGAAGAGGCACGCCGCCUUCGCGUCGUGCCCCUGCCCCCCGGUCGCCGACAUCGAUCUGCUCGAGAGCUGCGUCACGCAGGCGGCGGCGCCCCCCGUCGCGGCGCCGGCGACUAGGGCGGAGCGGAGGAGGAAGAGGCCGAGGCCGCGCCCCCGCGCCGCGCCGCCGCCGGAGAAGCGCAAGAAGCCGGAGGAGGCCGAGAGCCAGCGGAUGACGCACAUCGCCGUGGAGCGCAACCGCCGCCGCCUCAUGAACGACCACCUCGCUUCCCUCCGAUCGCUCAUUCCGUCCAGCUACAUCCCUCGAGGUGACCAGGCGACGGUGGUGGGUGGGGCGAUCGACUACGUGAAGCAGCUGGAGCAGCAGCUGGUGGCGCUGCAGGCGGCGGUGGCGGAGCAGCGUGGCGUCGGGAUGGUGGCGACGGCGGCCACGGCAGCGUCGGACGGCGUGUUCGUGUCCCCGCAGUACACGAGCUACUCGGAGGCGCGCGGCAGCAGCGGCAUGGACGUGGAGGCGACGGCCGCGGUGGGGGGCCACGUGCGCGUGCGCGUCGCCGGGAGGCGGUGCACCGGGCGGCUCGUGCGCGCCGUCGCCGCCAUGGAGGACCUCCGCCUCACCGUGUUGCACCUGGCCGUCACCUCCGUUGGACAUGACGCCGUCGUCUAUUGCUUCAAUCUCAAGAUGGAGGAAGGGUGCGAGGUGGCGACGGCGGACGAGGUGGCGGCGGUGGUGCACCAGAUCUUCGCGUACGCCGGAGCAUGCUGCUGACGCCGCCGACGGCCGGCGCAUGGCGGCGAAGCGGCCAGGAUGAAGUCAAAUUCGCCGAGGUGAGCACGAACGGCGAUCGGAGGACGAAGGGGGGGGGGGGAGAUUGCUUUAGCUAGCGGCCGGCCGGGAAGGGAGCAUGCAUGGCAGGGUGGGGCCCACGACCACGGCAGCAGCAGUGGUCCCUCCCAUGGCAGGUCAGGCUCAGGCUCUGACGAAGACGACCUCUACUGUAGCAAGGUGAAGAGUAACAGUGUGCAGUGCAGUGUAAGCUCGGGUAAUCAAGCAAGCACGUACGUACAAGCAACCGGAUAUUGUUCAUCUAGACUUUGUUUUCGCUGGCUAGAGCGAGCUUGCUGCGUCUGAACGAACGAACGACGAAGGGUGGCCGAUGAUCCAUGUACGCUAGCUGUGUAAAUACGCAUACUAGUGCUGUAGAAAUCUUGGAUUCCUUGCAUGCAACUACUCCU